AUGGAAAACUCUGAGAAACGAAAAGAAAAGUCCCGUGAUGCUGCCCGUAGUCGACGAAGUAAAGAAACUGAAAUUUACUCUCUGCUUGCAAGUCAAUUACCUUUUGCUUGCUCACAGUUAGAUAAAGCUUCACUCAUGAGGUUAACCAUCAGCUACUUGAGAAUCAGACAACUCCUUAACCCUGUCGCAGAAGCUAUGAAACACUUUCCAUCCAAUGCCAGAAACUGGGACUUGGCCAUUUUGAAGGCUCUUGAAGGAUUUCUAUUAAUAUUGUCUGAAGAAGGAGAUUUAGUAUAUUUGUCUGAAAAUGUCCAUCAAUAUCUUGGCCUCAAUCAGCUUGACCUCAUGGGACACAGCAUAUAUGACUUCAGCCAUCCAUGUGAUCAUGAAGAAAUCAAAGAAAUGUUGUCUUUGAAAAGUAAUGAGAAUUGUAAGCUGCUUCAGCCCCAGUCUUUCUUUCUUCGAAUGAAGUGUACAUUGACCAACAAGGGACGAAAUGUCAAUGUUAAAUCUGCCUCUUAUAAGGUAAUUCACUGUACUGGAUACAUAAUGAAUAAUAUACCAGUUGUCAAAAUGGAGACACACACUUGUAAGGCUAACUUCACAGCAUUAAACUACUUUGUUUCCCUUGCUGAACCCAUUCCACAUCCUUCUAACAUUGAAAUUACUUUGGACAAACAAACAUUUUUAAGCCAGCAUUCUCUGGAUAUGAAAUUCACCUAUGUAGAUGAAAGAAUUGAAGAUUUUCUUGAGUACAAACGAGAAGAAUUGUUGGGAAAGUCUGCUUUUCAGUACCAUCAUGUUCUAGACACUCGAAUAGUGGAGAAAAACUACAAAAUAAUGUUUUCCAAAGGACAGUGUGAAACAGGACCAUAUCGUUUUCUUGCUAAGCAUGGAGGUUAUGUAUGGUUGUUGACCCAAGGAACUGUCAUCUAUGAAAACAAUUCAACAAAGCCACAGUGUGUUGUUUGUGUCCACUAUGUACUUAGUGGAAUAGAAAAUCUAAGUGAAGUGGUUUCAGAUGAACAGGUAAAAAAUAAGAUGGAAACCUCUCCAGAAUCCUUUGCUUUGAGAAGUUCUACUAAUAAGCUUUUCUGUCAUUGUACUGAAGGCAUGACGAAAGGACUUAUGAUGUUUACUGAAGGAGAAAAUGGCUUGACUGAUAUAUUUCGUGAUAUGAUUCAAGACAACAAGAUUUUACCAGGAAAGAACUUAAUAACCGAGGUACCAUCUCCUUUAAGUGGAUGUAGCAGUCCACUAAAUUGUGAUUCCUUUCUACAAUACAGGGAAGAUUCUUUGUACUCUCCACUUUCAUCUGAAACUAUGAGUUCAUCUCUUAGCAAGAGUGGAAGUAGUAGUAUGUCUGACUUGAGAAGCAAUAAAUACAGUGUUUCAAUGGAAGAUCUUCCAGCUUUAGAAAGCCCUAUGGAACCUUUGUCAAACUGGGACUUGAAAUAUGACUCAUCUAAAGUCUUUGCAGAUAAAGAAACAGAUAUUCAGGAUGAAGAGUUUAUUGGAAGGGCACCGUAUAUUUCCAUGACAACAGCAGAUGAUUACCCACUUUUCAGUCUUCCUGAGAGAGAGAUGUGGGAAUCCCAAGAACAUCCUCGCCGGAGAUCUUUAAGCCACAGCCCUUCUCGGGCUGUUAUCAACAUGAAAGAAUUUGGCUCCUGCACAACACUUUCUCCGACAGUCAGUAAAUUUACUUUGUCACCAUCAGUACCAAUGGAGACAAGCUUUACACAAGAUAUCCGCAGUCGUAAAGAUAGAUCAAUGCUACUCAUGGACAGAAAACAUAAAAAUAUACGAACCAUUACAAGUAGAAGUCUAUCUCCGUCUGGAAUUGAUCAUGGUGGAGGAAAUAGUAAGAUUGAUUUAUCUGUUCACAAACACAUGCCCAAUGGUGAAAAAGUAAUUACCUUGGAAGGUUUGCCAAAGUCACAGGCUGUAAUGAGCAUAGACAAGAGUCAUAUUAGGGAAUGUCCUGUACAGUUUAAUGUCCCAAAAGUUUGUGUAACAUUAGCUGAAGAAAAAUCUGUUCCAGCAGAAGCUACGCAACUGGUCAGUUCAUUACCUUUUAAAAGAGCCUGUGCUAACUUCCAACCAGCUCUGAACAGUUUGAAGCGAAUGAAAUUUGGAAAUGAACAGAAUGAAAGAGAAGGUCACAGUACAAAUGCUGGUGUUCUUUUGAAUUUGUUCAUGAAUGAAGAUGCCAACCAUGGCUACUUGAAUUGUGAUUCCACAUUUUACACCAAAUCCUCUCCACCAUCCCCUUUAAUAUCAAGGUAUGGAUAUCGAACAUCAACACGAGUAUCUUUGCCAGAUCUUCUUCACCCAGAAGGUAUAGCUAUUCCAACUUUGGCUGAUGUUACUCAUCAUGAUGCAGAAGUAAAUGCCCCCCUUCAUUCAAACCAUCUGCUGCAAGGAGAAGACUUGCUGCAUGCCCUUGAUCACGUAUCUUCUCUUGUGUAGCAUGUUGGACAAAACACACUUCUGUAACAUCGUACAGACUGUUUUGGUUCAUUCAGAGGAAUCUGGUGUCCAAGAACCAGAACUUUGAUUGUGUGUUAAACCGAGAAAUGUGAUCAGAUUUCUAUGUUCUUGACAAAGUUGAGAAAUUUCUGUUGAACAUUCUCAACUAAAUUGUGUAUUUCUUCCUCCAUCAUGUAAUAGGUGAUUAAAAAAAUUAGUAACUGUGUCAAACAUUUAAGUUAAGAAGAGACUGUAUUUUUUAUUGAAAAGUGGAAAAUGUUGGAGCUUAGUAUUGGCAAAAUUGAUAUUUAGUGAGAAUCAAGAGACAAAGAGUUAUUCUGAAUAAACCGAUCAUAAUUUUUACUGAUUAAUAAAAGAAAACAAACAAGUAAUAAUAAAGUUUUUCAAACCUAAAGAAUACUCAUCUAAAGCUAUAACCUUUUUUUUUAGGUCCUAUACACUCAUAUAUUUUAGUCCUGUAUUGUGUAUCCUGUUCAAAAAAUUGCUAGUUUAAAUAGUUUUGAGUAACAAUAGUGGGGAAGUUACUUUCAUUAAACAAGACUUUUGUCUUUAUGGUUUAUUUGAGCUUAUUGCUCAGCAAGAAUUGUGUAAUAAAUCACAUUGUUCUUACUGAAUUAAACAAAAAAGCACCUACAUGUUAAAUAAAGAUUUUUGGGUUUGAAAGAUUUUUUUCUUACAGAAGAAACCUGAUGAAAACUCCUUUGUCAAAAAUGUUCUUGAAGUGGGACCAUUAUCCUGCCAUUUGAAAAAAAUUAAAAUCUAAAACUCCAAAAAGGUUUUUCUAUAAUUAUCUAAGAUUUUCUUUUAAUUGGUAUGAAUUUUAUUUAUUUUUGUACUUAAAACUUUUUAUCCAAGCUAGUCAUCAGCAUUGGCUGAUGAUUCUGUAAGAGAGAUAUGUACACAUGGUUAGUAUUAUCUUGGGUUUGCAUACAUGAAUAUAUUAAUUGGCACUAUCUUAACCAUAAAAUAUCAUAUUUCUAAGCAUUGUGAUUUAUAAGUGAAGUCAUUUAAAAUAUGUGUCUUAAAUAGAAUUUUAUGAAACUGAUUUGAUUGAUAAAUAUUCUUCAAAAUGUAAUUGGUUUUACAAUUUUAUUAUAUAAUGGUUUUGAAAAAUCAAACAAACAUUGUCACAGAACUGAAAAGGAUAUUUUUAAAAGAUUUAGUUAAGGUGAUUUGAAAGAGUUUUAAUAAGUAUAAUGAGAGAUUGAAUACAAAAACUAUAACUUCUGUAAGUCCGAAAUGAAACCUAACCAUUUGAAUAGCUGAAGUAUGAAGGCACUGCCUAACAUACUGUGUUUGUUUUAUUAACUUAUAAGUCCAGUGCAUGAAAUACUAGAUUUGUAUUUCGGUUAACAGCUUAAGUUCACGUGGUGAAUAUUUAACUGUCACGAAUGUCAGAUACUAAUGCUUAGUGAUAUUUCUCAUCUUAUUUAUUUUCUCACUGAUUUUUUUUUUUUGAGCUAUUCAUACAUUUAAUUAAGGAUGUGACGUAUAUAACCUCUGCAUUUUAGCUUCAAUCUCCAUUUAUUAUUAUUUAAAUAUUUUUUAGUUAAGACAAAGUCAUACAUUUGAUGUGCUACAGUUUUCUACUUGUAAGAAUUUGAGAUAUGUUGUUAAAAGGUUUUUCUGAUAGGCUAAAAUGGAAAAUAAAUUUUUAAAGGAUUUAAUUGAUUGUGGUGCUAAGCUUUAGCUGUAUCCAUCUUAAAAUGCUUAGAAAUACUCAAUGCAAAAUAUAGUUUAUUUUUAAUAUGAGUUUUUCUGUGAAAGUAACUUUCAGCUUUUUUACAGUAAAAUACAUAGAAUAAACAAUGUUUUUUAGAAUGACUAUGUGAUCUUUAAACUUUUAGUAAGGAAGAGUAUAAUGUAUUAAUUUUAUUGAUACAAGCAGUAUUUUCUUUUCUUUGUAUUUGUGCUAUAAGCAACUUUUAUAUAAAUAAGAUUGAACUUUAUGUAUGAUAUCUGUUUUGGUAAUUUAAUAGCUUCAAAAGCAAACAAAAGUCAAAGUGCUUUGUAACUUGUGCAAGUGUAGUGUUUUAAUUUGUAUUGUGUAUAGUAAAGCACAUUAUCAAAUAUAAAUUGACUAAAUGCCUUCAAGGCUCUUCAUUAGUCUUCAUUAAAGAUCUUUGUAGAAAUAAUUUUUGCUUGGUUUCAGUUUUCACACACUUAUCGUGUUCAUGUUGAAAUCUGUUUUGUGGCUUAGAGAACUAGCAUGUACAAGGUCACAGUGUCCACUUCUUGUCAUCGGAAGAAUCUAUAGGAAAAUUAAAUGAGGUCAUAGUGAGUUUGUUGGUUUAGAGUAUACAAGGUAUAUUGUUCAUGUUGAAUUAUGCUUUUUUGUUGAAGUGAUGUCAUCAUAAGGUUAAAAACCAGCUUGCAGAUGUGAUAUUUAUUUUUGUGUAAAACAUGUUAGUGAAACUGGUUGUAGAAAGUUAUCAAGUUAAAGGACUUCUGUGUUAUGUUACUUCUGUAAUAAUAUAACUAGCAAAUGACAGGAUUUUGAGUGGGACUUUUGUAGUUUCAAAUUGUCCAUGGAUGAUGAGAUCAAAUUUUAAGUAGCAUAGGGUUACUUGCAGCUCUAUUAGAAAUAAGUAUGCAUACAAUGGAAGUGAAUUUGUACCAACUAUAUUGAACUAGGCCAAAUGAUACAUUUUGUACAUUAAGGUUGAAGUUUGUGAAAAUCUCAGAUUUUAAAUUGAUUUAAGUUCUUUUUUCUCUGGUAGU